ACAGCUGGCUCACAAGUAUAAAAAGAGGGACACGCGAGAACUGUGCAGUUACACAAUGGUGUUAAGGAAGUGGAUUCAUUUAUUGGCUUUGGUGAGCCUCCUGUCUGCAGAAUCAAAUGCUCAGCUUGAUGUAUGUGGCACUGCUCCACACAGCAGCAGGAUAGUAGGAGGUGAAGAUGCUCCACCUGGAUACUGGCCGUGGCAGGUCAGCGUGCAGAUAUUUGGUAAACAUUUUUGUGGCGGUUCCCUCAUCAACAAAGAGUGGGUGAUGUCUGCUGCUCACUGCUUCUUUCGUUCAAGUCCUUCUGGGUGGACGGUUUCUCUUGGUCUUCAGAGCCUGCGGGGUGCAAAUCCAAAUAAGGUGUCCAGAAAUGUUGUCAAAAUCAUUUUGCACCCAAACUAUGACAGUAUGACCAACAACAACGACAUCGCUCUGCUCAGACUCUCCUCACCAGUCAGAUUCACUGACUACAUCAGACCUGUGUGCCUGGCAGCGAGUGGCAGUGUGUUCAACAAUGGCACUGAUAGCUGGGUGACUGGCUGGGGUGCAGUCAAGGAGGGAGUGGCCUUACCCUUCCCUCAAACGCUGCAAGAAGUGGAGGUGCCAGUUGUGGGAAACAGACAGUGUAACUGCCUGAAUGGAGUGGGCACAGUCACAGACAACAUGAUCUGUGCUGGUGUUCUGGCAGGAGGCAAAGACUCAUGUCAGGGAGACUCCGGAGGUCCAAUGGUGAGUAAACAGGGCUCUGUUUGGGUCCAGUCUGGAAUUGUAAGUUUUGGUUUUGGUUGUGCUCAGCCCAAUCUGCCAGGAGUCUACUCCAGAGUGUCCCGUUACCAGUCCUGGAUCAAGUCCCGCAUUCGCUCUAAUAGGCCAGGAUUUGUGCAGUUCAUCUCCAGCGGGCUGGACCCUGACAGCAGCUACACCUGUCCUGGUCUUCUAACAAGACCCUCAAUGUCAGUUUGUGGCAACACCCUCGUGAACAGUCACACAGGAGGAGACAAGAGCACUGUACCCGAAGGAACUUGGCCCUGGAUGGUAAGUCUUCACCAAAAUGGAGUACACAAAUGUGGAGGAAGCUUAAUAUCUGACAACGUUAUACUCACAACUGCACAAUGCUUCUCUACCACCAGUCCAAAUGCCAGUGAAUGGAAUGUGUUUCUUGGUCUUAGACUCAUAAAUGGUUCUGAAGAGUUUGAGACAUCUUUGGGUGUUUUGAACAUUACAGUGAGCAAAAUGACUGGCUCCAAUAUUGCACUAUUGGAGCUGUUUGAAUCAGUCAGUUUCAACAAUUAUAUCCAGCCUGUGUGUUUGGACAUUAGUGAUUCAAAGUCUUUCCCCAUUGGUAGUCAGUGUUUGGUGACAGGCUGGGAAAACAAGAACAACAGCAGAGGUGCUGUUCUUCAAAACAUGAAAACUCAAGUUGCAAGUUGUGGCAAUCUUUUUGAUUCAGAUCAAAUUUGUACUCACACCAUGGACCUUCAAGAGGGAGGUCAGGGCAGCCCAUUGCUGUGCAAGUCAGAGUCAUCAUGGUUCCAGGUUGCUGUUGUAACAGUCUGUGAAAGUAGACUGAGCCAUGGAGAUGUUGAUGUCUUUACCAAAAUCUCAAGAUUUGGGUCAUUCUUAAAGGAGAUUAUUGAUGAAACACCAUCUGUUGCAACACUUUUAACAGGAAGUUCACCUGAUUUCUCAGUUUCCUUAUUGAUUUUUUUUGCUGUCCUCAUUAUCUCCUUGUUCCUGUUGUCAUGAUUUGCUCUUGUGGGUGGUUGGUGUAGUUCAUUAUUACAAAUUACCAACAGAUGCCAAAAAUCUUUAUUAACACCCAUUCAUAUUUACUUAAUGUAGUUAUGAUGCUCAGGUCGAUAUGAAGAAAAUUAUUCAUGUGAAUAUUUCUAAUGAAGUUUAAAAAUCGUUUUUUUUUAAUAUUUUGGAGUGUGAUGGUAUGUUUCUCUAAACAAAUUAUACAGGAAUAUGUCUUCUUUGUGCAUUCUGAAGCUGUUGUCUACUUAAAAAUUGUAUAAAUCGUGUAAGAGCAAAAUUGAAAUGUAAUUCUAAUUACAUACUUAUUAUAAUAAACAUUGAUAAUCCAUCCAUC